AUGCUGGGACCAAAAUAUCUGGUGUCCCCGCGGACGAAAGAUGAGUGGCUUGCAGUAAUGAAGAACUUUUACGAAAGAUGGCAGUUUCCGCAAUGCAUUGGAGCGCUGGAUGGAAAACAUGUGACAAUUAUCAAACCUCCGAACUCUGGAUCUGUGUAUAUUAAUUACAAGAAGACCUUCAGUAUCGUGCUUUUUGCUCUUGUGGACGCAGACAGCAGGUUUUUGUACAUUGAUGUUGGCGCACCCGGGUCUGAUGGAGAUGGAGGCAUUUGGAGGACGACACCACUGCGGAAUGCCAUCUUGAACGGAACAGCCGGGCUGCCGAUCUCAGGACCUGGACCGGUCGGCGUCCCACCCGUCAUCGUGGGAGACGACGCCUUCCCCUUGUCUGUAAACUUAAUGAAGCCGUACACUGGUACAAAUUUGGAUGAAGAAAAGGUUAUAUUUGACUACAGAUUAAGCCGAGCCAGACGGGUAGCAGAAAAUCCGUUUGGAAUUCUGGCAAACCGUUUUAGGUUUUUGCACACGACUAUCGAUGCCGAACCAGGAAGGGUCACCUCGUUCAUCAAGGCGGCGUGUGUGCUGCAUAACUAUUUGCGAGCUGCACCUGUGCUUUUUAAAGCGUCGAGAGAGGACCAACAGCGAAAAAGGGCAAUCUACUUCGGGCUACGAAGUUUCCAAGGGCGCUCCGGGGCAAGAGCUCUAGAUGUGCGUGAGCGUCUACUGAGAUACUUUAAUGACGACGGCGCCGUCGCGUGGCAGAGGGAACAGGCGGGCCUUAAUCUGCGGAUAAAUAACAAAAUGUAACCUU